CGAUGCGCGUGCUUCCGGUGGAGAAUCUCUGUCCUCUUCCAGUUGUAAACAAAUCGUUUGAGUGGUGGCGUCUCUGACAGUCACAACAAAUUCAAAACAACUCCUCUUUCUUUUUUGAAAAAACUUUUUUUCCCCCGCGCACAGCGUAUCGAUAAGAAUGAAGAAGUUUUUCGACGACAUUAAGAAGGAUAUAAAAUUCAAGUCCGCAGGGCCUGGAAAUAAACUGACAGAAGACAGCAGCUCUAAACCUCAAGCCCCACAGGUUCCUCGUGGAGCGCCCAGAAAAGCGCCCACUGAUGGCGCGCACAGAGCCGGGGCCGCGGCCCUCGCCAGGAUCGAGCAACAGCAACAGCACCGGCCGAAGGUGCAGACGUCCCAGGAUGCCAUAAGGAAUCAGGUGAAGCGAGAACUUGAAGCAGAGGCGGCUGCCACAGCGGCCAGUCUGAAGAACACCGAUGUAGAGGGGGCCUGUGUUCCACAAAAGGAUCCAUCCUGUUUCUCAGUGCCGGGUGUUUUCUUCAUCUGUCCUCUCACUGGAAAAACCUUAACAAAGACUGAAAAAGAGAUGCACAUAAAGGAAGCCAUUCUAAUGAGGUUCUCAGAGGAUGCGAUUGAGGCCUCCAUUAUGAUGAUUCACACCUUUAAUAAAGACAAAGAGAGAGUAAAGGCUGCCGUUGACAUCAUUAGCAAGUACAUCGAAAACAUCUGUAAGAAUCCGACUGAGGAAAAGUACAGGAAGAUCAAACUUAGCAACAAAGUGUUUCAGGAGAAGGUCAGUGGGAUUGAAGGAUCUCGCGAGUAUCUUCAGGCGUUGGGAUUUGAACGCACCACGCUGCCGGUGGACGCCGAAGACAGGACUGAGGAGUUCCUGGUGCUGCCGGCGCAGGAAUCAGAGACUCUGGAGCAGAUGAAGGCUCAUGUGGAGCAGCUGCAGAAGGGCGAGCCGCUCAGAGCGAAGCUGGACCGUCAGCCGCAGGUCUUCAGACCCUCACAGCACGCCACAGACUUCCAGCUUCCUCCAGACUUCUACAAUCUGACCGCAGAGGAACUGAAAAGAGAACAGCAACAGAAGAGUGAAGUCGUGGAGAGAAAUGCAAUGCUGCGAACGAAAGCCAUGCGUGAGAAAGAUGAGGAGAGGGAGAGAAGAAAGCACAACUAUGCGCUCCUGAGAGUGCGCUUACCGGAUGGAAAUAUACUCCAGGGCACUUUCUUGGCGUGGGAGAGGGUGGCAGCGUUGUACCAGUUUGUGCGCGAUUCUCUGGAGAACGGAUGGCAACCCUUUGAGCUGAUGGCACCCGGAGGACAAAAACUAAAGGAUGAUGAGGAAUUGGCUCUGAAUGAGUGCAACCUGGCCCCAGCAGCUCUGCUGACCUUCUCAUGGGACGCCGCAGUGCAGGCAGACAUCGCCGCCGCUGGAGGAAAGACUGCUGUUCUGCUUAAAUCUGCACUGUUCGAGAACAUCAAGACCCUGAGCUGAACAUGUAGUGUCCCCCAGUCACUGCUGUCCCCGCCUGCACUCUCUCAUGAGUUACUCUCCCAUCGUCCACCACCAGAGUCCCACACGGUUUCACAGGAUGAGCCUGAUGCAUUGAUUGUGUCCUCAGCUUGUGUGCUAGGGGGGGAUCAUAUGGUGCUAAACGCAGGAGUUUUUCCUGUCAGUGAUGUUGUGAGAAGCGUUAGCACCUUAUGGGCCAAUUUCCAAGCAGUCCUAUUAUAAUGCAUUGUUGUUUGAGGUAGCAUGACCAGUCAUUAUAUGAUGAGGGAAGACGCUCCGUUCGUUUGGAAAUGGUCUGUGAGAGGAUCUGUUGUAAUAUAAAGCACUUUUUAGCUACCGCUGAAAGAGAGGAAUCUUGAUGUACCAUGAAAUCUCACUGUGGCAACUGAUCUAACAUGAGCUCUACCAAGUUGUCUUUUGUUGUAUCAAUGUUUUGUUUCCUGCGUAACAUAAAUGAAUCUAUGCUACUUAAAUUAGACAAAAAGCUCUGGUCUCCAGCAACAAUCUACCUCCUAAUGCAGAUAAAUGUCCACUUGUUACCAUGUCAGUUUAUUGACUUGUAUGAUUAAGCCCAAAGUAUACUUAAGUUUUUAUGCAGCAUAAAUUUCAUCCAGAUUUUCCCUCUAAAAUCAAACAAUUUUUUGCACUAAUUAUUUACUCUGACCCGGCCUAUUGGUUCAUAGUUAAAUAGAAACUCGUAGCAUGGAACGUUUUGCAGUUCUGAAGCCGUUUUCUGUAAAUGUGUGUAAACUAGAAUAACAACAAAGUGCAGUAAAAGGUAAAACUAUUUGCGCUACAAACCAGUGUGUUUUAUGGUUAAUAUUACAAUAAUAUGAUUUGGAAUAGUUUGAAAUAUUAAGCAGCAUAAUGCAGUGUAAAAUAACUGUUAGUGAUUGACAUUGAAAGUCUUGCAUAUUUACAAAUGUCCUUGCACACAUGCACUUACAUUAAAAAUAAGAUGGAUAACUUCUGGAGAGGACACUAGGUAAGUUUUAGUCCUUCUAGUCUGUGUUCACACACACUAACAAACGCUAAUAAAUUAAAUGUACCAUAAAAGGCUACGUGAUUGCGUCAAAGGUCCACCUUAUUUUUAAAUGCAAAAACCAUUUACUAUGAAUGUGCAAGACUUCUGCUUCAUUAUCAACUGUUGGUAAAUAGCUGUAAUAUAGUGCAGUGUAAAAAAAGCUACAAACCAGUAUUUAAAAUUACGAUAAUAAAAUGUAACAAUAUUAUAACAAAUACCCAUUUGCAAUAUUUUUUUUAAAGUGGCUGACACCGGAAACCUUGCAGAAGUUUAAAAUGCACCCAAUUUUAAGUUAAAAACAAGGUGAACACUUUGGGUAUUAGUUUGAUUUAGUUGCAGAAGAUCAUGGUCACAUGCUUGUUUCUUUAUUAAAUCAUGCUAUUAAAAAAAAUGAUCAGUGCUUUUAUUUGACACUAUUUUUGUAAAGUAUUAAAAUUUCUGUUGCAUGUGAUGUAUGAAAUAAAAUGCAUUGUCAGA